AACUACCACUGUAAUCUCCUCCUCAUAUCUUCUCUGGGGAGAGAGGAGAGUGUGCGUGGAGAGGAACUUUUAAGAAAAACAAUUGAAAGAGAAAGUAGAGGAAUAAGGAAUGGCACUUCAAUUGCCCAGCAUGUCUCCGUUGUCUCCGACGGCGACGGGUCAUUUUGGCCGAAGACUGUCGUCCAAUCGCUUCGCCCUCAGAUCAUCCUUCAUCUGUCCCUCUCUCCAUCUCUUGCUUCCUCCUCCUCCCCCUUACCAACCCAUCUCCUCUGCUGCGCCAAAAUUCUCUACGCGUAUCACUUUCAAAUAUUUUUACAAUAAUAGAACCCCUUUUAAGAGGUCACCUGAUAACUCCUGUCGAGACGAAAAUGACUCCAUUUCUAGAAAUGCUUUUGAAAGAAGAGAAGUAUUAUUCUCAACAGUUGGGUUUAUAGCAGCAGCCAUGGGGGAUGCUUUAAAGGAUGGAGUAGCUGUAGCAUCUGAAUUUGCUGACAUGCCAGCAAUUCGAGGGAAGGAUUACGGGAAGACUAAAAUGCGGUAUCCAGACUACGCAGAAACAGAAUCAGGUCUCCAGUACAAGGAUUUGCGAGCAGGCAGUGGCCCCACGCCAAAGAUGGGGGAGACUGUUGUGGUCGACUGGGAUGGUUAUACCAUAGGAUACUACGGCCGAAUCUUUGAAGCACGAAACAAGACAAAGGGUGGUUCGUUUGAGGGUGAUGAUAAAGACUACUUCAAAUUUACACUUGGGUCUCAACAGGUAAUUCCUGCUUUUGAAGAAGCUAUUUUAGGCAUGGCUGCUGGUGGCAUUAGAAGGAUCAUAGUGCCCCCAGAGUUGGGAUAUCCAGAGAAUGACUUCAACAAAAGUGGCCCAAGACCGACAACAUUUUCGGGUCAAAGAGCAUUAGAUUUUGUGCUAAGGAACCAAGGACUGAUAGACAAGACUCUUUUGUUUGAUAUUGAACUCCUCAAAAUCAUUCGAAACUGAUCACCAUCAAGUUCAGCAUGCCUUGAGGAGAUUGCCUCUAAUCUAGGCCUUGGCAUAAGGAUCUACUGAGAGCUAGUUCAUUUACACCGAAACCAUAGGAACACAGUGAAUGAUUCAUGCAACUCAAAAAGGUGCAUUUUGGUUUUGCUCCUUUCCAUCUAGCUUGCUGUUUCACAUCAAGAGGCAACAGCAUGUGCAUGUCUCUCUGUCCCCAGGCAGAGCAGAUGCAAUAAAGAGGUGCAACAGCACGACAUUGUUUCAUUCAUGUGGCAGGAGGGGAAACUUGGAACGCUACCCUAUCAAAAGUGCCAGAAAAAAAAAAAGAGUGCUUACUAUUUGUUUUACCAUGAACCACUCCAAAAUAUGUAUAUUUAUGUCAUUCUCUCUUUGAAUCAUAGUUUUGCAAAUCUCUUGUAGAUUUCACAACAUGCUUAAAAGUGGAUCAGUCGAAGUUUUAUUGUUUGUCUUA